UGACACUCGACAGUAAUCUGCAGUGAUACAGAGUCAGAACCAGGACAGCACAGAGCCCAACUGCACCAUAACGCACAUCUCAGUGUACUCCAAGCAGUAAUAUCUUUAUGCCAUCUCAACAUAAAAUGCAUCUUUUCAUGACGAUGAUUUUAUGGCUGGCAGCCAUUCCCUGCACAUUACUGUUCCUUUCAUCCCCCGUGGACACCGACCCAGCUGACUCAGAGAAAGGACGGAGGAGAGUGGUUCAUGUAAUGGAGGAUGAAACAGGGGAAGUCAUAGUCCAGACUGCUCCAGGUAAAGUGGUCACUCAUCGCGGUGGCACUAUCACCCUUCCCUGCAGAUUCCACCAUGAACCAGAGGACGUCGAUCCUUUCCGCAUCCGCAUCAAGUGGACAAAGGUUUCAGAUGCCUUCCAGUUCGAAGAUGUGUUUGUUGCGUUGGGACGACAACAGAAGGCGUUUGGGUCCUAUCGUGGCCGUGCGACUCUGGAGCUGGCUGGACCAGGAGACGCCUCAGUUAUAAUUCACAACGUCACCUUACAAGACUAUGGUCGCUAUGAGUGCGAAGUCUCCAAUGAUAUGGAGGAUGACACAGGAUUUGUCAAUCUAGACCUUGAAGGUGUGGUAUUUCCAUAUUACCCACCAUCUGGACGCUACAAGCUGAACUACCAUGAAGCUGAGGAUGUCUGCAGGAAGCAGGAUGCUAUUCUUGCUUCCCAUGCACAGCUGCACAAGGCCUGGCUUGAGGGGCUGGACUGGUGCAAUGCCGGCUGGUUAGAGGAUGGCUCAGUGCAGUACCCCAUCUCCCAUCCUCGAGAUGAGUGUGGACGCAAGGACAGCCCCCCUGGUGUCCGCAACUACGGCUACAGGCACAAAGAUGAUGAACGCUAUGAUGCUUUUUGCUUUACAUCAAACCUUAAUGGACGCGUUUACUUCCUCAAACGAUAUAAGAAGGUGAACUACCUGGAGGCUGUAAAGGCUUGUCAGCGGGAUGGUACAGUGAUAGCCAAGGUUGGACAACUAUACGCAGCCUGGAAGAUCCAGCUCAUGGAUCGAUGUGAGGCAGGGUGGGUGGAGGACGCCAGCAUCCGUUACCCAAUCGUCAACCCUCGGACCCGCUGCGGAGGCCUAGAGCCCGGUGUCCGAAACCUCGGUUUCCCUGAUAAGAAGUUCCGCUUGUAUGGGGUCUACUGCUUCCGCAAGAACACUGAUCCCCUUGACGUCAAUCCAACACAGGCUCCUCAAGAAACAACAUUCAAACCGACCAACAGCACCAGAAAUAUCUGAGCAAAGCAAAAAAACAGUGCUUUGUUACUAGCAUUGUGUCUUCCAUGUUUAGCCAAAAAUUAUAGACAGAUGAGGCUUUUUUUGCACACCUGCUAGGCAACCAGGGAACUAGGCUAGCGCUGGCUGAACAUGUUCUUAAUUGUGCUUGUUUAGUUUUUAUCUUUUGCUUGAAAUUAGGUGUCAAUCAUAUCUAAAUCGAAUAAGUCCACAACUCUUUCCUCAGAUGUGCGUAUCUAGGGAAGAAUAUGUGACAGCUAAUUAGCGACAUUGUUUCUCGUUAUACCUAGCAUGAAGAGAACACAAAAAUUUGCCUUGGGUUUUUUUUAUACUUUGCUGUGUCCCAAGGAAUACAAACAUGUGGGAAGCAAUUAAAUUAGCACUAAGAAUGUAGGAGAGAUCAUUUAGCCUCAAAUUUAGCAUAGCGCAUUAGGAAGAGCCCUUAAUGGUCUGAUGAUGAGAAAGUGAUAAAGGCUGAAAUUUGCAUUAGGUACUAGCAUGAAUCUGACUUGACUGGGCUUAGCUUGCUAAUUUAAAUAAACCGUUGUUUCCAUUUGAGCAAGUAGCAAAACUUGAGCUAUGCCAGUUACUAUGCAUAUGACGCUAGGUCCUUGGCACAUUUUUAUAUAUUUUGAAUGAUAUUGCAAGCAAUAACAGAAUUCUAAGCAUGACAUUUUUAGAUGUUUAAUACACAGACAAAGCUUAAAGUGAACUAUUCUUUUAAAAUAUUGUGAAUGAAUUACAUAUGCUGCUUUACUACCUCUUAGUGGUGGAUAAUUGCACUAUCCAUUCAAAUGUAAUAUUGCACAAUAUUGUCUAU